AUGGCCACCAAGGACGAGAUCACCCGCGUCGAGACUGCAAUGGCGGUCAACGAUAACGAGCUGCACCAAAUCCCAACAAUCGAAAUCGACAAUUACAACGGCCUCACCCUCAAAGCCUCCCUUGUCUACACCUCCCUACUCUUCGUUUCAAUCUGCCAACUCUGGACCGUCGUCGGCUCUGGUGCCUUCUCCCGCGACAUUGCCACCUCCUUUAACCGCCCCACCGACGCCGUCUGGAUGUCGCAGACACUAGUCAUUACCGUCAUCGUCCUGGGCCCGUUCAUCUCCCAGGGUGCUGAUCUGUGGGGGCGAAAAUGGUUCCUUUGCGGUCUGACGGGGCUGGGCGCUGUUGGGAGUGUUAUUACCGGUCGAGCGGAUUCUAUGGAGAUGGCGAUUGGGGGGCAGGUUAUUACGGCGUUGUCGCUGGGAAAUCAGACGUUGCUGUAUGCCAUUGCGUCGGAGAUUCUGCCAAGGAGGUUCAGACCGGGAGCGCAAGCGGGUAUUACGGGUUCGGGAGGGUUGGGGGCGAUUUUGGCGUUGUUGGCGGGGUCGUAUGUGGUUAAGGAGUACACGGAAGGCUGGAGGAUCGUGUUCUACAUUGCGGCGGCUCUGUUGGGCGUGUCGGCGAUUACCUGCGUCAUCUUCUACAACCCACCACCGAGAGCUCUGCAACAGACUCUGAGCCAGAAAGAGAAGCUGGGUCGAAUCGACUGGCCUGCUUUCGGACUACUCGCCAUCGGUGUUACACUCCUAUCCAUCGGCCUAUCCUGGGGCCAAAACCCAUACCCCUGGAAAUCCGCUCGCGUCCUCGGUCCUCUGGUAGUCGGUAUAGUGUUCCUCCUGGCCUUCGCCGUACACCAGACGGUGCUCAAAAAGAACGGCAUCAUACACCACACUCUCUUCAAGCAAGACCGGAACUUCGCCCUAGCAUUGGGCUGCAUCUUCGCAGAUGGCAUGAUCUUCUGGGCCGGCAACAACUACUACCCCUUCCAAGCUUCCGUCCUGUACGAAACAGACCCAGUCCGAGUCGGCUUGAUGUUUGCCAUCGCCUUCAUCACAGCCAUCUUCGCAUCGGUCGCUUGUGCGAUUUACUCUUCCUCCUUCAAGGAUGUGAGAGGACCUCUGGUAGCGUCGUUUGCCUCGUUUUGUAUCUUCAAUGUCCUCAUGGCUACGAUCAAGACUGGGCAAGUAGCGAUAGCUUGGGCAUAUCCCAUCUUCCUGGGUAUUGGACUGGGUUUUAGCUUGACUUCGCUGGUCACGAUAGCUCAGCUCAGCACGCCGCCAAACCUGGUCGCUGUCGCUACUGGGCUGAUUAUCGCCGCUCGCUCGCUGGGUGGUUCGAUUGGUCUUGGUAUCUUCACAGCGAUCCUCAACUCUGCGAUCGCUGGGAAGCUGCCGGCAAAGAUUGCAGCGGCUGUGGUACCUCUAGGUCUCAACCCUCAGGCGCUUCCGCUGUUCAUUGGGGCUCUCGCUGCGCAUAAUGAUGCUGCGCUGUUCGCCGUGCCUGGAGUGUCGCCUCAGAUCAUUGGAGCUGGCGUACAAGCUCUUCAGCAAGCAUACCUGGAGUCUUUCCGCGGCGUAUGGAUUGCUGCAGCUGUGGUGUCUUUCGUCACCAUGAUCGUAUCCUGUUUCUUCGUCAACCCAAAGCCCAGCUUUACUAUGCAUGUCGAUGCCCCUCUGGAAGCAGAUUCGAAAGAGAUAUGA